UUUUUUUUUUUUUUCUUCUUUCUUCUUCGUCACCGUCUCAACACCAACAACCACCUUUUUCCUUGUCUCCUCGUCUGCAAUUUCCCCACCGCCGUUGAUCCUCCCCGGUUGUCGCGAUUAUAAAAGGAAAGAAGAAAAAACAAGAGUGCGAAGGCGCAAGAUCUACAAAGGAAGGAGAGAGAGGGAAGGGAAAAAAAAAGAGGAAGAGACCCAAGGGACAGGGAGCCAAAAGAGAGAAAGAGAGAAAGAGAGAGAGAGAGACAGACAGACAGACAGGAACCGUUGUCCCCAUGUUGGGCGUGGAACACCGUUGUUGACCCAUCGUCAAGAAAGGCAGAGCGAUGAUUAGCCUCAGGGUGGAACAGCACUCAGAUACUUCGAGACUCCGUCAAGACCCUCCCUUCCGUGGAAACGACGAUACCAGAGCCUUCGACGGCAAUGCCGAUUGCCAGUGAGAGCAGCACGACCGUCAACUCCCUCACCACCACCAUGACAACAUUUUCCGCUCCGGUCACCGCACCCAGGUCGAUGCCCAAUAAUCAGAAUGCGUUGUCGUCCUCUUUCACCAAUUUCCUUACCGUUUCAAUCCACCAGAUCCUCUUCCUCCGCCAGGUAUAUCCUCGAGCUACGUUUCUGCCCGUUCGAGCGUACAAUUACCCCGUUCGACAAUCCCGCCAUCCCAAGGUAUGCGACUACAUAAAUGAUGCGUCGAUUUCGGUCGGGACGGAGAUCUUAAAAGGCACAAUAACCGCUGUCAGUAUCAUCAUUUCAUCUCUCCGCACAAACCAACCCCUCGAACGAUAUGCCUUUGACCUGUCGGGCUUCCCCCGUGUCCCCGCUGGAGAGAUCAACACCACAUUUGAAGACAGAAAAGAAGAUUCAUCCAAGCCAGGUGCACCCGUCCCUGAACGGGCUCCCGCGCCUCCUGCUCCCGACCUCGAAGCGCAAUUCCGCGCUUGUCUCGCACGAUUGGCCUCCGCCUGUGCCCGACUGACUCCGUUACCUCGGGACGACGAGUUCAGCUUCACCGUCUGUAUCGAAGUACGAGAAGAUUCCCUACCCCCCGUGGGAACCACCAGAGAAGAACAAACCUGGAUCGUGGCCGAACCGGGAAAGGUUCAUUUACGGUCAUGUACCGCCCCAUAUUCCGUCUCCAAAUUAAGAAAUGGCGAGCAGCAACAGCCGCCUCCGAAAGUGUCCAACGGUCGUGCCAAAACGGUCCCGGUACGACGAGUAGAAGCCGGCGAGCUUCGAUUAGAACUAUGGGUGGAAGAGGCACGGCAGAAAUUUAAUGAACCGGUGGAUUCAGAACAUCCGCCAUGAUAUCAUUAGUCGUUUUUUUUUUCUCUCGCUGUUGUUUCUUGUUUCUCUUUAUCCUCUCUCCAGGGGUUUCCUUUUCAUCCUUGAUCGGUUCCGUUUCCUCUUUUUUCUUUUUUAUUAUUCUCUGUCUGUCUCAUUCUUGAUUUAGCGUGACCAAUGAUCGAACAUACAUGAUGGAUGAGGGAAUUAGGAAUUGUCGUCCGAAAGAGUGGCGCAAAUAUAUAAAAUGGGGAGCGGACGAUUUUUGGGACUCGCAUGGCAUUACAUAGAUCUGGUUCAUAUCUUUCCUUUUCUCUUCUUCAUCUUCUCUUCUCCUCAUCCUCCUUCCUCCCCAAACCCUCCUCUGACUCUUAUUUCUCUCGUCACAUUCCUUUUCUCUUCUAUUCUAUUAUUACUUCUUUUUUUACUCC